CAUCUCUUACACCAUGGCUGUGAUUGCUGUGAACUUCAUACUGCCUCUGUCCAUCAUGUUGUACUGCUACUACAACGUGUCCGUCACUAUGAAGAGAUACAAAGCCAGCAACGGACUGGACAGCAUCAACAUGGACUGGACCGAUCAGAUGGACGUCACCAAGAUGUCGAUAGUAAUGAUCGUCAUGUUCCUGGUGGCCUGGUCUCCGUACUCCAUCGUGUGUCUAUGGGCUUCAUUUGGUGACCCAAAGAGAAUCCCUGCCGCCAUGGCCAUCAUCGCUCCACUCUUCGCCAAGUCCUCCACCUUUUACAACCCCUGCAUUUAUGUGAUCGCCAACAAAAA